CGUAACUCGUGAUUCUCCACAGAAAGCUUCGGCCGCCCGAGCUGGCUGGAUGAGAUCGCCCUUCCGCCGCAAGCCCCCGUCCGCCCGCGGCGCUGCCUCUCUCCUGCGUCUCUUGUUCCCACACACCCGAGCACGCGCACGCGCUGAACUCUCCAAACUCCGCCACAAGACCCUCCCCUCGCUCAGGCACCGCGCGCAGUCCCGCAUCUACAAGUACAUCGUCUACCGCCAGGCGCAGAAGCUCAGCAAGAAGUCGACCAUCCUCCAGCGGCUGCGCGGCCACACUCGAAAACUCCUUGGCAACGGCUACCUCGAAAAUGAGGCUAGGCUGAGGCGCAAGAAUCUGGCAAAGAGCACCGAAGAAGGCAUGAGCAGCUACCAGGGCGGCGAGUCGGGGGGCCGGAGACGGAAGCUGGCAGGCUACCUGAAGGCGGCGAACGAGCUGCGGCAGACCUACGCGCAGCAGUAUGCGCCCAACUGGAGUAGCCGAGAGGCUCACUAUGACUACGAGGACGACACACCGGGCAGCUUCCCUGAUGCUGCGAUUGUGCGCAGCGGUGAGGAGGAGAUGAUCCUCUUCCCCAGCUAUGCACGCAAGCACACCAGGACUAAGCCGGAAGCAGUACCAGGGACUAUACAGGAGUCUGCUGGCGAUGGCCGAGACGUGCGGGACUCGGCAGGUGCUGGCGAUGCUGAGUUUUGGAAACAGCAGUGGGACAGCUACGAGGACGAUAACGCUGUCGUCGAUGUCGACGUGCGCGGCUGGAUCUAUUCGCCUCACAAGGGACAGAUGAGCAGAAAGCAGCGUCUGUUCAUCGGCCUGGCACGGCAACUCGUGGGCGUAUCAGCACCGCCUGCGGGGACAUCUGCCCCGACUUCAACUGCGAACAGUCGCGACUCAAGUCCCAGUCACGUCGGGUUUCGCGAACGAGCGCAGAUACGCCAAUCCCAGCGUGACGAGGAUCUUGCAGCAAAGGAGGCAGAAGCUAUCUCGAAGAAGGGCGAACAGGAAGCUGCUGCUGCUGCGAAGGGUGCAUACAGCGAGAAACCCAGUCGCAAGAACCAGGACGAUACACAAUUGUACCGCACGCAGAGCAGCGACAGUGUGCGCACUGCAGGAAGCACAAAGACACAUCAGCUAGCGCAUAGCCAAUCCAAAGAUUCUUUGCGGACCGACGAUGAGUACAUCACGCCUCUGCAGAAGAGAGCAUCGUGGAAUCAGCCUGCAGAUAUGAGUCCGGCUGAGCUUGCAGAAGCGAACGCGCGCCUGAUGGCUCGACUGCGGCACUUCCUCGCUAUGCCUAUGGCAAACACACCGAUCAGCGUGUUCUUCUAUAACGACAAGAUCUCGAAGCAGAGGACCAUCUACACCAACGCUGCAGGUCACUUCAGCAUGACGGCCGCGCUGGACUUCGUACCUACACAUGUACGGAUCUUGGCUUCAGAGCAGCUAUCAGCUACGGAGGAGGUGCUGAUCACGGAUGCCAAGGGCAUUAGUGUCAUCAGUGACAUCGACGAUACGAUCAAGCACUCAGCUAUCAGCAGUGGUGCACGUGAGAUUUUCCGAAACGUCUUCAUUCGCGACCUGAGCGAUCUCACUAUCGAAGGUGUUAAGGAGUGGUAUAACAAGAUGUCUGAGCAAGGCGUCAAGUUUCACUACGUCUCAAACUCGCCGUGGCAGCUGUACCCUGUCAUCUCUACCUACUUCUCCAUGGCUGGACUGCCACCUGGCUCAUUCCAUCUGAAGCAGUACAGCGGUAUGAUGCAGGGCAUCUUCGAGCCUGUAGCUGAGCGAAAGAAGGUCACUUUGGAUAAGAUCGCACGAGACUUCCCGGAGAGACGCUUUAUCCUGAUCGGCGACAGUGGAGAGGCAGAUCUGGAAGUGUACACUGACUUUGUCCUCGAAAACCCAGGACGUGUCGCAGCUGUAUUCAUCCGAGACGUAACAACAACGGAGACCGGCGGCUUUUUCGAUCCGUCAGUUGGGCCAAUGUCAGGAUCGUCCUCGCCCCGACGUGGUGGUGGCUCCAAUGCCUCAGACGUAGCAAGUCCGGCGAGCGCAGCCCGUGCAUUGUCCGAAGAAAAUGACCCUGAGCUCAAGGCCGCGAUAGCUGCCUCUUUGCACGAGUUCGAGGAGGAAGACAGGAAGCGUUCAAAACCACAACUGCCAGAGAACGACGGAGGCCAUCCUGAUAACAGACCUGGGCUGCCGGCGCGGAAGUCAUUCCAGACUACUAAGGAAGAACCAGUAGCAAACCUGAUCGACCUCUCCUCAGACGACGAGCCAGAAAGCGUCCCAGCGUUGCGUCGCGUCAACACAGACACAGAAGCUCCUAGUGGGCCACGACGCACCUCGACAAGCUCGAGUAUUGGCAAAGCGGCACCUCCUCCACCGAAGAAGCCUACCGUCCUUCAAAGUCCGUCAAACGAUAGCUUGUACGCAUUACCCUCACCGACGUCUACCCCGAAAGCGCCUCCUCCACCGAAGCCCCGUCGACCGUCAACCACAAUCCGCAUGGUGGGCCAACCCAGUCCGCUCUCCCAACAGAGCGACGCACCCACAUCACCACCUUCGAAUCGCCCUGCGCCACCGCAGCCCAACUAUAGCACCAAACCUCAGUACGACCGCAGCAACCAGAGCUACGCAGGCAUGGCCCGUGACAAACUCUACUCGGUCUACAAUAACAUGCCCGCCUGGCCGUCUGAAGACCAACACAACUCAGACACCGCUAGCAUUCGUUCAGGGUCAGACAACAGCAACAUCCGCAAGGCUGCUCCUCCUCCUCCACCGCCGCCACGACGCAACCCCGCCGGCGCCGCUGCAUCGUACGUCGGCGGUAAAGCAUCGUCAGCGUGGCAGCACGCACCUUCCUUGCCGCAUCGUCCACAGAUCAUGUCCGCGCAAACCUCAGCACCUUUCUCUACAACGGCACAACGCGAGAAGUUGAACCGCACAAGCACAGGCAGUACACUAGGCUUGAACGGAGCUGGGCAAGGUCAAACAGCUGAUGGACAAUACAUCAACAAGAGAGAGCAGCUUUGGAGGCAGCGAUGGGCGAGGGCCGAACAGAUCCUUAGUGAAAAGGGUGUCGUGCUGAGGAGCUGGAGGGUGGGGACCGACGCUAUGGCAGAAGCUGAGAGGAUUAUAAAGGAGAACGAGAAGGAGAACAGAACUGGCAACAAGAGCGGUGCGCGUGCGACUGUUAAUGAACGAAGCAAUGGGGAAGGCAGCGUACGGCGGAGAUGAUGAGCCUUUGAUGAUGACGUACAUUCGAUUCAGACGACAUAGUUGGAUUCAGUAUUGUGCAUAGCGCAAGCACACAGCAUCGUAAUGCACUGCAUAUUUCUUCUUCUUCCAAGUUUCGUACUCUAUGAUUAGAGGGCCCAUAGUUUGCUGAUGCGUGCUUUAGUCGUCAUGUUGUGCUCUUUUCUGCGACCCGCAGGACACGGAUAAGGAUAUCAGCAGUAUGCCCGAACCGGUGAAUUACAUGCCGAUCCCAUGCCGCAGCUUACAAGCAUAUAUGGCUGAGUCAGAUUGUCGACUCAUUGCAAACAGAGCGCCUGAGGCUUUACCCAUUUGGGUCACGAUAGCGCGGAGGGUGAGUGGAGGAUCGGAUGGAGGUGUUGAG